AUGGGGCAUAACGGUGGGGAUAUGCUGCAGAUGGCGUCUAAUGGUGACGAUAAUCAUCUGCAGCAGCAGCAGCAGCAGCAGCAGCAGCAGGAUUUACAGGAGUUGCAUCAACUGCAGCAGCAGCAGCAGGAGGAAAUAGAGCAGCUGCAGCAGCAAGCUGAGCUGCUGCUGCAGCAAAUAAAAAAAGAUCCAUGGAGGGCUUCUUACUAUGAGGCAGCACUAAGGGCAUACUCUGCCUUAGGAAAUAUUUCUAAGGUUCGUGAGGUGCAGCGGGCAUAUGCAGAGCAUUGCCCAAUAGAUGAGGAGUUGCUGCUGCAGUGGUAUGAAGCAGAGCGACGUCUAAGCAGCAGCAGCAGCAGCAGCAGCAACAGCAGCAGCAGCAGCAACAACAACAACCCUAACAGCAGCAACAGUCAUAGCACCUCUCCUCCUGGCUCUUUCUCAACCAAUAGCAGCACGGGUACCACCCCGAGCAGCAGCAGCAGCAGCAGCAAUGGCAUAGCCAUUAACAGCAGCAGCAGCAGCAGCAGCAGCAGCAGCAACGUAGACGAGGCUCGUGCGCUCCUUGAGCUUGGCUUACGUCUACAGCCAUCAGUGUCUCUAUGGCUAGUAUAUAUCCGUCAUCUAGAGGGUACCCCAUCUGCUGCUGCUGCCUCAUGUGCAUCUGCUGCUCCUGCUGCAGCAGGAACAGCAACAGCAGCAGCAGCAGCAGCAGCAGCAGCAGCAGCAGAUAGGGAGAAGGAGUGGGCCCUCCGCCUAGCCUUUGAGGAAUCCUUAAAGAUGUUUAAGAUGCAUGCACUAGAGGGCCCCUGUCUAUGGUCUGCCUAUAGGAGGUUCGAGGCCCAGCUGCUGCGCAGCAGCAGCAGCAGCAGCAGCAGCAGCAGCAGUAAUAGCAGCAGCAGUAGUAGCAGCAACUGCAGCAGCAACAACAGACUGCAGCAGCAGCAGCAGCAGCAGCUGCAGCUAUCAAGGAUUCGUACUCUUUUCUAUAGACAAUUGCAACUCCCUCUUGGGGGACUUGGAGACUUACUUGAUGAAUAUAGGGUUUGGGAGCAAGAGCAUACAGGUAGCGAAGCAGCAUUUGCUGCUGGUGCUGCAGCGCAUGCAAUUGGCAGCAAGGAAUGGAGCAGCAGCAGGAAAAGAUACGAGAUGCAAAUACAGGCAGCACUAGAGGAGGAUCAGGCUAAUAGACAAAUACAUUUAAUAUAUCGUGUAUGGAUGGAUUAUAUAAUGAGUGAGAGGAAGAGAGGAGAAGCAGCAGCAGCAGCAGGAGGAGGAGCAGCAGGAGCAGCAGCAGCAGCAGGAGCAACAGCAGCAGCAGCAAGAGUAAUAAUAACUUAUUACCGUGCUAUAGAGGAGCUAGGUACUAUUAAGCCUGAAUUAUACAAGGAAUGUGCUGAUUAUAUUGCUGCUGCUGCUGCUGCAGCAGCAGCAAAAGAGGAGCAGCAGCGAAAACAAGCACAGCAAGAGCAGCAGAUGCAGCAGCAGCAGCAAGACGAGCAGCAGCAGCAGCAGCAGCAGCGGGAGAGUUGUAUAGAAUUUGAGGGUCCUGAGGCAGCAGUUGCUGCUGCAUCUGCUGCUGCUGCUGCAGCAGCAGCAGCAGCAGAAGCAGCGGGUAAAGACCCAUCAGAAGUAGCGUCUGCAGCAGAAUUAGCAGGGGGUGCAUCAUUAGCAGCAGUAUGCCGUGCUCGUGACUCUGCUGUUGCUGCUUGCCAUCUAAGGCCUAAGGCUGCGGUGUAUCUGCAGCUUGCAUGCGCUGAUGCAGCAAAAGCGAUUGCUGCACGAUCUACUGCAGCAGUAGCAGCAGCAGCAGCAGAUACUCAGCAGCAGCAGCAGCAGCAGCAGCAACAGCAGCAGGAAGCAGCAAUCCUUGAGGCGCUGCAGUCUCUUGCUAACGCAGAGAAGCUAGCAGAACAAACUGGAGGAGAGACAGUUGCUGCUGAUCAGCAGCACCAGCAGCAGCAGGACCAGCAGCAGCAGCAACAGCAGCAACAGCAGCAGCAGCAGCAGCAGCAGGCUUUUUUGCUGCUAAGGAUACAGAGACAGCGGCUGCAGCUGCUGCGGGACUUUUCCUCCCUUGAGGCAGAGGCACUAUCAGGCUGCACUCGUGCCUUAGCAGCAGCAGGAGACAAUUGUCUCCUUUAUGAAUGGGGAAAUGUAUUGAAGGCUUUGCUGCCCCACUUAACCUCGCUGCAGCAGCAGCAGCAGCAGCAACAGCAGCAGCAGCAGCAACAGCAGCAACAGCAGCAGCAGCAGCAGAAGAAGCGGAGGUUGGUUGAGCAACGAGUCGCUACGCUGCUGCAGCAAUGGAUUGCUCGUGCUGCUGCGCUGCAGCAAACAUCAAGCGAGUUGGUUGGUGCUGCAACAGCAGCACCACCAAGAAGGCGCAGCAGCAGCAGCAGCACCAGAAGCUGUCUCCUUUUGCUGCAGCAGCAACUGUCUCCUGUGUCUCUGUUGCUGCAGAUUGCUGCUCUUGCUGCUGUAUUCGCCGGCGUCUUAGAGAACUCUGAAGGAGAAGCAGCAGCAGCAGCAGCUGCAGCAGCAGCAGCAACUGCAGCAGCAGCAAACGCAGCAGCAGCAGCAACAGCAGCAGCAGCAGGAGGAGACAGCAGCAAUGCUGCAGCAGCAGAAGACAUGGAGGAAGAAGGAGACAUAGAGAUGAAGGAGACAGCAGCAGCAGCAGCAGAUGCAGCAGAAGGAAUGCGCCAAGUGGAGUGUCUAAGCAGCAUAAGACGUUUACGUAAGAAGAGACAAAGACUACAAGGAGACACUGAAUGGGAGACAGCGUCGGACUGCAGCAGCACGGAGGGUCCGCAGCAGCAAGGUGUGUCUGCUGCAGCAGAAGCAGCAGCAGCUGCUGCUGCAGCUGCAGCAGCUGCAGCAGCUGCUGUUAUCCAAGGUAAUACAGGUGCAAGUGUUGCUGCAGCUGCUGCUGCUCAUCUCUCAAAACGGUUACGUCUUGCUGCUGCUGCUGCAGAUGCAGCAGCAGCAGGAGCAGCAGGAGCAGCAGCAGGAGACACUAAUUCUCCCUCCCUGUCUCCUUCUCCUUCUCCCCAUCUACGUAGUCCCUUGUUGCGCAGCAGGUCUCCUUCUCCUGCUGUCUCCUUGCAGCAGCACCUGCAGCAGCAGCAGCAGCAGCUUAGCGGCUUGGAGCCUGGAUCAGCAGCAGCAGCAGCAGCAGCAGCAGCAGCAGGUAUAGAGAGAGCAACAAGAGCAACAUGGGAUGGUAGAGAGUCAGCAGAUCCAUCUAUUGCUCCUCCUGUCCCUCCUCCCUCUCCUCUGUCUCCUCCUCUUGCUGCUGCUGCGUCUCCUAGGCAGCAGCAAGUGUCUCCUUUGCUGUCUCCUUUGUCUCCUUCUGCUGCGCUGCUCGCCCCUGAUAGUCCUAAUGUUGCUGCUGCUGCUGCUGCAGCAGGUACAGGUCUCAGCAGCAGCAGCAGCAGCACAAGCUCGUUACCUGUACUGUCCUUGCCAGAGUCAGCAGCUUCUAUGCCUGGCAGCAGCAGCAACAGCAGCAACAGCAGCAGCAGCAGCAGCAAGGAGCAGCAGCAGCAGCAAGACAAUCCCCAUAUAGAUAUGCCGCCCCCACCAUUCACACCAAGGAGACAGCUAAGGCGGCUGCAGCAGCAGCACCAGCAGCAGCAGCAGCAACAGCAGCAGCAUGCGAGCGGGAAGCUGGCAGCAGCAACCGAGGCAAUGGAAGUAUGCACGCCACCACCACAGCAGCAGCAGCAGCAACAGCAGCAGCAACAACAGCAGCAGCAGCAAAAGAAGCAAGGCACAUCUGCCUCAAAGGACCAAGGAGGCCAAUCUACCACCGCUGCAGCAACAGGAGGAGGACCAGCUGCUGCAGCAGCAGGAGCAGAACCCAAAGGAACAGUAGCAGCAGCAACAGAAGCAACAGCAGCAACAGCAGCAGCAGCAGCAGCAGCAGCAGGAGACACAGAGAUGGGGGUAGAUGGGGAUCGAUCGUCUCCAUCAAGAGAUGAAUUCUUAACACCAAGAAAAGGAAAACAUUAUAGACAAAUUACACUUGUUAAAUAUCAUGAUGAUCCUAAUAAGAAUAAAGGGUAUGGCUAUGUAGACUUUGAAUCCCAUGAAGCAGCAGUUGCUGCGCUGCAGCGAUUCAAUCUAUCACAGCAGCAGCACAAUCAGCAGCAGCAGCAGCAGCAGCACGAGCAGCAGCAGCAACACGAGCAGCAGCAAGAGCAGCAGGAAGAGUCUGGUGAUGCGCAGCAAACUGACAAAGCAAAACAAGACAGCAGCAGCAGCAGCACCACCACGACGACCACCACCACCACGAGCAACAGCAGCAGCAGCAACAGCAGCAGCAGCAACAGCAGCAGCAGCAGCAGCAGCAGCAGCAGCAACAGCAAAUUACCUGCUAUGUUAAUAGAUGAUGACCGGCGAAUUGUGGUGUCUCGCUCUACACGCCCUAUAACGGUACCCAAGUCACCAGAGGAGCAGCAACAGCAGCAGCAGCAGCAGCGGCGUCGUGGUCAGAAGCAGCAGCAGCAGCAGCAGCAGCAAGAGCAGCAGGAGCCAGUACUUGGUAGGUCGAGACAUAAGGCACGCAUUGCGCUGCCAACUGGUGGGCUGCGGAGGAACGCAGCAGCAACAGCAGCAGGAGAUGCAGCAGCAGCAGCAGGAGACGCGACAGCAGAAGCAGCAGCAGCAGCAAACACAGAAACUACAGGAAUGGAAGAAGACAAACAUUGA